AUGGAAAGUAAGGACGCCUACACUUCAAAGGAAUACAGAGAACCACCAAACUAUCCCUCUGGACAUCACCCCGCUCCCCCCACCUCGUCCUCAUCCACCGCCGCGUCCCCAUUCGCUUUUGCGCCUCCCCCUCUUCCCAUCAACUCGGUCUCAAACUCGUUCAGAUCUCAAAUGUACCUCUCCGACCCACCUACCGGAAGCUACCCUAAAUCAAUGGUCCAACCUUCCUCUUACCCGUACUCGUCUGCUCCCAUGGGAUUCAGAUCUUAUUCAAGCGAAUCCGGGGCGCCUCCUCCCCACAAGACUUCUUCCAACUCGCCAGCCAGUUUAGCAGGCAGAACACCCAACAUGGACAUCGCCAUGGGGUCUCCACUCAACUCUUCAUUCAGCAGUCCCUACGCCUAUGGAGGUGGAAGACAAGUUAGCAGUCAAAGUCCGUAUGCUAGCAAUCUGUCUCUCCCUUCACCUCAACCUCGCCCCGGUGCCUAUCCUUACAUGCAGGCUCCCGAUAUGCCGAGAUCACUCACCUACCCUUCUUAUGCUCAGCCAUACGCCUCACCAUCCGCUUAUCACCCGUCCCUCUCCACUCCUUCUUUGCCCACGCAGAGCGGUCUGAGACACGAAAGCUCAGGUGCCGGACCCAUCCGACAACCCAUGGGAUACUCAUUUGCCAACCGAUUGCCAUUGGUCGACAAACCUUUCAAGUGUGACGAGUGUGUCCAGAGCUUUAACCGAAACCACGACCUCAAACGACACAAGCGGAUCCAUCUCGCCGUCAAGCCUUUUGGCUGUGAGAAGUGUGGAAAGACGUUCUCCCGUAAAGACGCUCUGAGACGUCAUUGGCUCGUGAAAGGAUGCCGUGGUGACGAAGGCGCUACUGCUCCCAUUGUCCCCAUGUUCCCCAUCACUGGAGCCGCGGUCCGAAAUGCCAGACCGACUUCUCCUCCCACCCCACCCGGUCACAUUACACCGCCCGAAACGGCUACCUCGGCCUCGUACCCUCAUCCAUCCGGUUCCUACUCCAUGAACAGACCCGAUGUUCCACCAUUGCUCAACACUUUGCCCUCUCGCACACCUUCCGUCCGAUCUGGCAUGUCUCAGGUCAUCCUCACCCCUAAUGACAUUGGACCCAACGCUUCCCUGAGCAGACAACAGCAGAUGCCAGGUGGUGGCGGAUCGAUCCACCUCGAAGACCCAAUCGUCAUUGAGCCUUCCAUGGGAUCAUCUUCCACGCCUCCCACGGGUGAAAGUGGUCAAAGUGGAUACUUUGACAUGAACUUGAAAUCGGGUUCAGACUCAAACAUGCUCAACGCUCCCAUCCUAUCACCAGGACAACAACACGCUCAAUACAGUAACAACAACAGGUCUUACAGUUCGCUCAACUCGCCAGCGACUAGACCCUCUCAUCACCCAUACCGACGAAGCAACAACCCUAACACUUCACCGGUCAAGCUGUCACCGAGGACAUCCACCACACUGUCUCCAACUACAGGUUACGCCCCGGGUCAGAGAACGUACUCGGGUGAGGCUGGUGCUCCAUCCAUCGGACCAGAUGGUAAAUCGGCAUUUGCGGUCCCUUUCACACCGGAUUACCAAUCAUCAGCCAACGGAGAUAUGCUCAACGUCUCUCAUCCCCCUGGAACCGGUCACAGUUCCGGAAGCCCAGCGGAAGGCAUGUCUCGUCAAUCUUCUGGUGACUCUGAUCCUUCCACUUGGCAAAGAUGGCACAGGCCAAGCUUUCCAUUCCCUCAUUCCUCUGCUGGCACCGGCCCAAACUCGUCAUCUUACCAAUCCUAUGACAAUUCUCCGCCUCUCGAAAUGACUUCUGCAAGUUAUUCGCAGUAA